CACUCACAGUGACGCAUGAGUUGUUGAAGAAGUACAGUUCCUACGCCAUGUUUUGUUACAAGAACACGAAAGAAAAGUGUUAACGAUAUUUUGAAGAAAUAUCGUAUUGGUUCAGGAAAGGGAAAUACGAAGAAUAUGGAAUGAGUGAAUGGACUUUGUAGAUCACUGGGUGUAUUUUGCUAAUACAUUUAAUCCUAACUUUAAAUAAUAUAUCGAAUCAAAAUGUCGGACGACGCAGCGAGGGAAGAUGCCCGUCGAGAAUACCAAUCAUCCCUGGAAGAUUUGACUUUCAACAGUAAACCACACAUCAACAUGCUGACCAUACUUGCUGAGGAGAAUCUUCACUUCGCCAAGGAUAUCGUCGCAAUAAUUGAAGCACAAAUCGUCAAGGCGCCAGCAGCAGAGAAGCUCCCGGUUUUGUACUUAGUGGAUUCCAUAGUGAAGAACAUUGGCGGGGAAUACCUUGCAGUGUUUGCUAAAAACCUUGUCACUUCAUUUAUUUGUGUAUUUGAAAAGGUGGAAGAGAACACUAGAAAAAGCCUCUUCAAGUUGCGCUCAACAUGGGAUGAUAUUUUCCCAGCAACAAAACUGUACACAUUAGAUGUGAAGGUCAAUUCAAUAGAUCCCGCUUGGCCCAUUAAGCCUCUGCAAAACCCGAGCAUUCAUGUAAACCCAAAGUUUCUUAAACAGAGUGAGGAAGCUACUCCGACUCCGACUCCUCCUCCGAAGGCCGUUACGCCACAGCCCCCGCCAUCAGCCACCGAGAAAAAAAUCAAUGAGGAGCAGGCCAUUAGGCAGCAGCUGCUGGCCAAGCAGAAGGAGCUGCUUGAACUCCAGCAGAGGAAGAUAGAGCUUGAGCUUGAGCAGGCCAAAGUACAACUGCAGUCCAAAGGCUCUUUGAGUGGAGAAGGACAAGCCAGGCAGCAGUUGCUCGCAAAGCAGAAGGAAUUGAUUGAACUUCAGCAGAAGAGGAUAGAACUUGAGCUUGAGCAGAUAAAAGUGCAACUGGCUUUUAAUCGAAUGGGACCAACCACCACCCAGGCCAGUGCUGCACUCCACCCCACACCUGCGGCCACCCAACCAGGGGCGGGGGGGCCCAACUCCUGGCCUGCUCCGCAGUCUGAGAAGGCAACGAUACGGGAUCCGCGCUUGAACAGAGCCGGGGCAUCAAAUUUACAUGGCAAAGAAUCGGUGACGGCACACACCAAGGAGCCGGCAGUGAGUAGGAGAGAAGCCCAGGGUUUCGGCGGUCUGCCAAACGUGCCUGAGAAGAGAGGGCCUCCCCCGGUGGAGAAGCAUAACAAACUAGAGAGGAUGAGGAUUCCUCGGAAGGAACCGCCAGCAGAAGAGAAGACGCGGCCGAGCAAAAAGGACAUGGCUGCUGCCGAGGAGAGGGCCAAGUCCAAGUCGGCAUCACCAGCCAGGAAAGACGUCCUCGGCAGGAGUAAAAUCGACCCCGAAAACCUCAAGACCUCGGAAGGCAUCAGAAGGGAUCCCAGGCUGCGACGGCACGAGAAGGCGGAGCCGGAGGAGGACGCGCCGAAGGAGAGGAAGCGCAGCCUGGACAAGAAGGAGAAGGACGAGGCCAGCAAGAUGGCCGAGCACCAGAGGCUGACCAACACCAGGAGUAAACUGUCCAACGGCUCACUGGCCAAGCAGGAGAAGCCGGACUUCAGGAUCGGCAAGCUGGGUGGGAAGAGGUCGCGUUCCAGGUCGCGUUCCAGGUCCCCGUCGAUGCCCAAGAGGAAGGAACGGCGAUCGCCCAAGAGCCUGAAGGGCAUGUCCGCGUCGCCGCCCAAAUUCAGCAAGCUUAGACCGGGGGUGGGCAAACACAUGCACUCCGAGGACCUCAGUCACCAUGGCAACACCAGAGAGGACAGAACUGCUCUCAAGAACGCAGAACCAAGAAGGCCGAAACGUGCUCACGAGGAGAGGGCUGCGGAACUCAGAGACUCCUACUCUGCCAGAGAACCACCCGAGACCAAGGAGAACAUCAAGAGGUGGAGAAGUGGAUGGGAGGACAAACAUCCAAAACAUCCAGAUGAGUCUCCACCUUCCAAGCCCAGCACCCCAAGGGUGAAGCCGUGGAACCCCACUCAGAGAUGCACACCGUCCCGACAGAGACAGAAUCGCCUCAGCGUCGACGCCAAUCUGCACAUCCCUGACGUUCUUAACUCUGCAAGUAAAGCAGAUCUGCUGAAAAAGGCAAGCAAGAGACACGCUGAAGGGGAAAUCACUAGUGAAGAGUUCCUCAACGUGGCCCACCAGAUCAGACAGCUCUUCCAGUAUCAAGAGGAAAAACAGAGAACUAGUUCUUGGGAUUCAAGUGAUGAUGGACAGUUGCCCUCCAAAGACAGAAAAGACAUGAACACACACCCCCCGAUGGGUAAUCUAUCUGCAGAGCAGUUAUACCUUGAGCACAAAUCUAAACUAGUAAGAACGCGAGUGCAGCGACAAGCUGAGAGAAAUCGCCAACAAGCAGGGAAUGAAAGAACGACGUCUGCUCUAGAAGAAGACCCAGAACCACUUAGGCGCUCGAUCGAUGACCCUCUGGAAUUGUUCUCCAGACACGAGGGGCCAAGGAAAAGUGACCGGUCCAACUCUGGCCGCGUGGCCAGGAGCUCGCCGAGCCCCGGGCAGCUGGAGGAGUAUCCUCGGCGCUCGCCAGCGGCGCCUUACUGCCGCUCGCCUCCGUUGCCCCUGGAGAUGCAGGAGGACCCGGCCGGCGAGCUGAGCCCCAUCCCGCGCUUCGAGAGCCCCAACAGCGUCCACUCCGACGAGGGCGUGGAGGCGGAACCACCCCUGGUUCCACCCAGACCUGUGAGGAACGUGCCCGUGGGGCGCAUGCCCAGCGAGCCCGCCGGGUCGGUGCUACUGCACCUCCCGGACGACGGCAGCGCGCAGCCCAGCAUGCCCCGGCGCGACAGCCCGAGCGUCCCGCCGAGGUUCGACGGCCACAAAGCGCCGCAGGCGUCUUACGAUGGGCCGCCGGGGCCCAUGGGGAAGCCGCGGUCAGAAGGGCCGCACCCCAGGCCGCUCCCGCCGAGCGCCUACGAGGGGAACCCCGGCGCCAAGAGGUACGACGGCCCAGUAAACCCGCGCCUCGAUGGCCACGGCAGAUACGAGCCCAACUACGGCCCGCGUUUCGAUGGACCGCCGCAGCACGAGAAACGGUUUGAGGGGGCGGGCAGAUAUGACGGCCACAUGCCUCACCGGCCAAUGAGGUUCGACGGCCCUCACCCUCAGCAGGGCUUCGGGCGGUUUGAGCGACCCGGGGGUCACAACCGGUUCGAGGGCCCCGCGUCGGGCCCCGGGCCCAGCCGCUUCGACAGCCCCAUGCAGCCCAGCCGCUUUGAGGGCCCGCCGCGGUUCAGCGGCCCCCAUCUGCAGCAGCAGCAGGGCCCCGGGAGGUUCGAGGCCCCCAUGGGCUUCCCUCACGGCAACGCGGGCUACGAGGGGCCGCCCAGUCAGCCCGGCCCCAUGCGCUUCGACGGCCCCGGCGGCAACCAGCCUUCUGGAAUGUGCUUUGAGAAUCCCACCGGCCCGCCUGGACCAAUCAGGUUCGAGGGACAACCCCAGGGGAUGCCCAGACACGAGUGCCCACCGCCACCAGGACCCCCCAGGUACUUCGCCCCCCAGAACCAGAUGAGGCCGCAGGGCCAGCCCGUGUUCAACGUGCCGCAGGGCCCUGGCCCUAUGGCCCCACAGCCCGCCAACUUCAACAUGACCAGCCGCUUCCCCGAGCCCUUCGGUGGGAACGCACAGCCCUUCCUCGGACCGCAGAACGUUCCUCAAGGACCAAACUUCAACGUGCCGCAAGUCCCCACCUCCACAGGGUUCCCCAACUCCUUCAGACCCGUGGGCCCGUACCAGGGACCUCCCGUUGGGAACCCGCAGCAGCCUAUGAGCCUGUUGUCCAACCUCAGCCAGCCAUUCAUGCCACAGAACACAGUGUCUUUCAGUCAACCAAACGCUCCGUUUGGGCAGCCAGACAACCACCUCGGCCAGAUGGACGUCAACGAACUGCUGGCCAAACUCCUCUCCAACGGCAUCAUUAAGCCCGCCACCACAGACGCAUCUCAGACUGAGUCUACUGCAGCACCUUCAUCCCCAGGAGUGGUGGAGGAAGAGGAGGAAGAGGAGCAGGUUGACGACGACCUCCCAGACCUGACCAGCUUCUCACUGGACGACAUGAAGCAGAGGUACGAUAGUGUGGUGACCAAGCUGUACACGGGCAUCCAGUGCUACUCGUGCGGCAUGCGCUUCACCUCCUCACAGACGGACAUCUAUGCCGACCACCUGGACUGGCACUACAGGCAGAACCGCUCCGAGAAGGACAUCAGCAAGAAGGUCACACACAGGAGAUGGUACUACAGCAUGACGGACUGGAUUGAGUUUGAGGAGAUUGCGGACCUGGAGGAACGGGCCAAGAGCCAGUUCUUUGAGAAGGUGUACGAGGAGGUGGUGCAGAAGACUCAGGAGGCUGCGAAGGAGAAGGAGUUCCAGAGUGUCAAAGCCGCGGCCGACGUGGUCGAUGAGACUUGUGAGAUCUGCCAGGAGCAGUUUGAGACGUACUGGGAGGAGGAUGAGGAGGAGUGGCACCUCAAAGACGCAAUCAGAGUUGAUGACAAGACAUAUCAUCCAUCAUGUUACGACGACUACAAAAACACAUCUUCGUUCGGGGAGUGUACUCCUUCCCCCAAUAAAGUGCUAACAGAGAAUCCCUUAAAUGCUUUGGUUAAGCAAGAGGAGGCUGAUGAGCCGUGCCGGUUCAGCAGUAUUAAGCAGGAGCCCGAGGCCUUGGGCUCCGACGCUCAGGUGGCCGAGGAGAAUGACGUAAAGGUGAAGUUGGAAGAGUGCUGCUUCCCCCCUCUCUGAGUGGUUGCUUAUUUAUCGGAGUGAAAGACGAGAGAGAGAGAGAGCCUAUUUCUGUACUUGACAAGUCCUGAGGCAGCGUGCCCCAGUAAUGCAUACUCUAAAUACAUUUUUGUAUUUGAAAUUGCCUGCAACAUUCAGGUGUUUUUUGCUGUGUGAAUGCUUAUCUGAGAAAAAUUAAGGCGUACUUUGGAGAAUUGUGUACAUUUAAUUUAUAAAUAAAGAUAUUUUUGUUAUUUUUGUGUAUUAUUGAUAAAUGGGAAGACAAGAAUUCUUGUUGACUAGAUCAAAGGGUGUUUUCUCCUGAAAGUGUACACGUAAUUCUUUAAAACCAAUGGCUAGACGUGGCAAAUAUUUUUGACUACUAAUCUAUUAAUGUUCUGGAGAAAAUGCAAUGGAUAAUUUAUUGAUUAAAUGGUUGGGGGCAAACAGAGUUUUACAUGACCUUUGAUUUGUAAAUAAAAUUCAUCUCAUGACAUGUGGGUCUACAUGUCUCAAGCCUGGUUUCGUCACUUUUUUGUUGAAUUAAAAAAGAAAAGAUGAGAAAAUAAUUUUUUAUGACUGGGCAGAUCUUUUUAGGUUUUUAUUUUGGGAAGAUUGCUUUUUGUUGCAGAGUAUUCAAUAAAUUCAGUUUGAAAAUG